GCUGUUUUUGCAAACGAAUGGCGCGCAGUUGCAGGGCGUGAAUGGCUGGUCGGAAAUGGGGUCGAUGCAGCGUGGAUUCCGGCAACACUCUAUUUUUACACCACAACUGAUCUCCCAAGCUUUCCUAUACUUGACCAAUCCCACGCCACCACCCACUCUUCUUUGAAGCCAUUUUGCCGUUUUUGCGCGCUUUCUCUCUCUCCCCCCCUCUCCCUCUCUCCUGAUCAUAGAAGGAAGAGGAGAGAGACAAAACCAAGAAUUUUACCUAAACCAAAGAGAGAGCGUAGGCCGGUCAUGAUCAACGACUGACUACUGCUGGCUGCUGGCUGGUUUUGAUCAUGAUCUGUCUCCUCACCGCCAUCCAUCCCCUCCUUUGAUUCUCAUUUCAUAUUCCUACCCCUAUUCAAUUUAUUCAUUCAUUCAGCGAUUUCUUUAUUUGUAUUUCCGUCCGUAACCGAUCGACCAUCGAAUAUUAAUGGCGUCGCCGCCUUCCUUCAGGCGCUUUGUCCAGCAGAGGUGGGGAAAGUUCGCGCACUUCGUCGUCUACGCCGUUCUUGAGUGGCUGAUGAUUAUCCUCCUCUUCAUCGAUGGAUUCCUCGCGUUUCUUGCCAAUGAAUACGCCAAGUUCUUCGAAUUAAAGACGCCUUGCUUGCUCUGCAAUAGAAUUGACCAUCUCCUUAUGUGCAGAAACCCUAACUUCUACUACAAUGACGCCAUCUGCGAGGCUCACAAGCGGGACGUUUCCUCGCUCGCCUACUGCCACGUCCACCGGAAGCUCUCUGACCUCCGAAGCAUGUGCGAGGGCUGCCUCCUCUCCUAUGCCACCGAGAAGGAAUCCGAUUCCGAUGCCUCCAAAUCCCUGGCUGGAAUUAUGGAUGCCGAUCACAGGAUUAAUAACUUCAAAUCCCUGGCUGGGAGGAGAGACGAUGUGGUGCCAGUCGAGAAGAUUAAUGGCAGCGAGAGGUGUUCUUGCUGUGCGGAGCCAUUGAAGGGGAGGCCCACUUCCAAGGGCAAUGCUUUGAAUUCAAACUCCCCUGCCAAUCCAAGCCUUCUUUCCCAGGCGCCUCUUCCGUCUCCUCGAGCGCCGCCAAUGGCAUUCAAAUAUGAGGAGUUGCGGAAUCUGGAACUGCCUCAUGCUCGUUUCAUGGAGGUCAAGUUCAUGACGGACAACGAACACGACCUUCCGGAUGACGAUUAUAGCCAAUCAUGUAAAGAAGACAACAAGGCGGCUUCCCUACCACUGCUGCCAGAACCUGAGGACAUAACUGAAGAGGUUAAGACACCAAGCUUCUUUAAAGGAAACAAGUUUUUCGGAAUUCCACUUACAGAUUCAGCUGCAGCUAGUCCAAGAUUCUCUAGGAUUCCCAAGAAGUUGCAGCUUGAAAGGUCAGAAUUACUUUCUGAGUCUAACGACCCAAAUGAAGCAGAUGGGGACUCCAUUUUACAACGGUUGAAGAGACAAGUUCGUUUGGAUCGCAAAUCACUGAUAGAGCUGUACAUGGAGUUGGAUGAGGAAAGAAGUGCUGCUGCUGUUGCAGCAAACAAUGCAAUGGCCAUGAUCACCCGCCUGCAAGCAGAGAAGGCUUCGGUUCAAAUGGAAGCCUUACAGUAUCAGAGAAUGAUGGAGGAACAGGCAGAGUAUGACCAAGAAGCAUUACAAGUGUUGAAGGAAAUGCUGUUGAAGAGAGAGGAAGAUGUUAAGGUUUUAGAGGCUGAACUUGAUACAUACAGAUUAAAAUUUGGACCGGUAAAUAAUGUAGAUAGUGUGGCACGUGAAGUGGAUGCUGAUGAAGAUUUCCAAGAUCUCAAAUCUCAAUCUUUUUCAUCGCGGAGCGAAAGGUCUGAUUAUGGCAGCCCCAGUGGAUGGAAUCAUUCCGGAGAAAAUGAAGGUAAUUCUAGAAGGCAUGGGCGGGGAGAAAGCAGAGAGUGGGCAUUUGAUGAAUCGCCUUUAGAUUUCGAAGGUGAGAGAUCUUAUCUUUUGGGUCUGUUGGCUAAUUUGGAGAAGAAUGUCAAUCCGUCUUCAGAAGAUGAUGGGAUGAUUUCAUCAGAGUCUGAUACGGCAAAGCGUGAAGCUGAGCAUGCAGGGCAUGAAAAUAAGACCAUAGUUGCAAGAGAAGUAUCUCUUCUGAAGGAAAGAUUAAGAGCAAUUGAAGCAGAUAGUGGAUUCCUAAAGCAUGCUGCAAUGACACUUCAGCAGGGUGGUGAAGGUACAAAACUAUUGACAGAGAUAGCUCUUCAUUUAAGGAAGCUCAGGCAGUCAGUUAAAACACCCCCAGAGGAUAUAGAUGCAUGACUUCUGUCCUUUUAAGGCAAAAUGGCUUCCAAAGCGCGCAACUCCUGAUAUCUCCAGCAAGCUUUUCACCUUCAAAGGGGCACCAACUGUCUCAACAUUGAGAGGAAAAAGAAAAGUUUUCAUCAGUGAACAUUGAGAUGAGUUGUUUUCGUGCCUCUUGCCCCAACUUACGCGAGUGAUUGUUAAAGUCAAGAGGUAUUAUUUCUGGUAGAUCAACUAAGCCAGAACGAGGAGGAGAACAAGAAGAAGAAGAAGAAGAAGGUGAGAGGCAAAUUUUUGGUGAUAUCAGGGGAAGGCAGAGUAUGGAAAGCAUGUAAAAUCCAUCACUGAUUUAGUCUUUGCUGUAUUGAACAUAAAAAGAGGCUUAUAGCAGAGUUUUAGUUUCAAGUUGAUUGUUCAAUUUUCAACCAAGGUGUUGUAUCAUCCACAUAUCAUCGCAUCUUUCUGGUUGUAUGAAUUGGCUUUUACUCAUAAGCUGUCUAAGCUUGAAUUCC